CUCAUUUGUCCCUUUCCUUACUGUAACAAUAUUGUGCUUGAAGUAACAAUAAUAACUCCAUCCCUUUUUCUAAAAAGUAACAGCAAUGUUCUGGCUGUGCCGUUCCCUUGUUACUUGUAACAAAUGUGGGUAGCGGGUUAGAGCAAAAAGAAGAAAGAAAAUAAUGGUUACGAACCCCAAAAGUAGUAAAGUUUUCAGUUUGGAGUCUGUCUUUCAAUUACCCAACAGAACUGACUGAACUGAAGAUAGUAACUUAAAGCGUUUUGCACCCAAAAUGGGUAACGCCCAUGGACACCGCCAUCGCAAACGCCCCAACUCCGUUCCUCCGCCCCAUAUAUACGAUCACCCUCCACCAUUCUCAACCCCACCACCAACCAUAGCUAAUUCCAACAUGCUCUCUCUUCCUUACACCCACGUCGACACCACCCUCCGCGCCCUCGCCGCCCAAGCCGAGGGCUUCGGCCGUUUCGCUGUUGGCGGCCUCCACGGCCCCCUUCACCGCGUCACGUCGCUCGCAGAUGAUGGACCGGGGUCGCUGCGUGAGGCGUGUCGCGGAAAAGAACCAUUGUGGAUUGUGUUUGAGGUGUCCGGCACCAUUAAUCUCUCCUCGUACCUGAACGUGUCGUCUCACAAGACCAUCGAUGGUCGUGGCCAGAGGAUUAAACUUACCGGACAUGGGUUACGCCUGAAGGAAUGCGAACACGUCAUAAUCUGCAAUUUGGAGUUCGAAGGAGGCAAAGGGCAUGAUGUUGACGCCAUUCAGAUCAAACCUAAAUCCAAACACAUAUGGAUUGAUCGUUGCUCGCUCGCUGAUUAUGAUGACGGACUUAUAGACAUCACACGUGAAAGCACAGACAUUACUAUCUCAAGGUGUCACUUCUCUCAGCAUGAUAAAACCAUGCUUAUUGGGGCUGAUCCAUCGCAUGUUAACGAUAGGUGUAUGAGGGUCACUAUACACCAUUGUUUUUUCAAUGGGACGCGACAGAGGCACCCUCGUGUUAGGUUUGCGAAAGUGCAUCUCUAUAAUAAUUAUAUCAGAAACUGGGGCAUAUAUGCUGUGUGUGCUAGUGUGGAAGCCCAGAUAUUCUCGCAGCAUAAUAUCUAUGAAGCUGGACAGAAGAAGGUGGCCUUUAAGUACCUUACCGAGAAGGCAGCAGACAAGGAAGUGGGAACAAGUGGCUACAUAAGGUCUGAGGGAGACUUGUUCUUAAAUGGUGCUGAACCAGGGUUAAUGACUGAGAAUGGAAGAUGCAACAUGUUUCACCCCAGUGAAUACUAUCCCUCAUGGACAGUGGAAGCUCCCACAGAGGAUCUUAAACACAUUCUUCAUCACUGCACUGGAUGGCAAUCUGUUGCUAGGCCAGCAGAUCAAGCACUAUGAGCACAAUAGUCACUUUCAUAUGUAAAUAAAGUAUAGGUUAAGUAUGGAUUAUAAAAGGAGUACUACACCUGUGUUAAAUUAGAGGAUUACUCCCUACACCACCUCCACAUUACUCCUUGCACCACCAUAUUUUUUUAAAAUUUCAAAACUAUCCUUUAUAUUUUAAAAAAUUUUAACUCUCACUUAUUUUCUCACUUUUUUUCUUCAAUAAAUUUCAAAAUUUGUUGAAGAAAAAAUCCUUGGAAGAUUUUUUAAUCUUUUAAUGAAUUUCGAAAUUUGUUUUUUGAAAAAUCCUUCGAUAAAUGUCAGAUAAAUGUCAAAAUCUGUUGAAGAAAUUUUUCUUCAAUGAAUAUCAAAAUUCAUUAAAGAAUUUUAUAAAAACGGUUCAAAAUUCAUUUAAGAAAUUUUCGAAAAUUUUAACGAAUUUUGAAAUUCGUUGAAUGGCAUUUUUAGUAUGUGGUGGACCAGAGAGGAAUGUAGAAUGAGGAAGAGAGAAACCCUCAUUAAAUUACUAUUUCAAUUUACCAGACUGUAAAUUACAGUUAAUCAUCCCACUAUCUUUUACUACAUGGAAAUGCACUCUAAACUUAUUAUACUUUA